CUUUGACAAUCACUGUGUAAAUUCUGUCUGUUGCACUAGCGGAGCUUAUCAAACAGAGACGCUAUCAAGUUAGGAAGGAAGCCUUCGUUGUUCGCUGUUUGAGGUAAACACUACCUUGAUCAAUGAUAAAAAUGUCGGGUCUCUCUCGAGGCCAACGUCAACAGUGUUAUUUGUGUGAUCUGCCCAGGAUGCCCUGGGCAAUGCUGCAUGACUUUUCGGAACCAGUGUGCCGCGGCUGUGUUAAUUAUGAAGGAGCAGACCGCAUUGAACUGGUUAUAGAAACUGCUCGUCAGAUGAAACGUGCACAUAGUUUUCAAGAUACUAAGACUUUUAAAGGUCAUCAGGGGUCACUGCCUUGUAGAAGCAAUAGUAGCGAUAGUUCAGUCAUGUUUCCCUCCCCUAACGGAACAACUUCAGAAAGGUUCGUUGCACCAGAAAGCCGAACACGAGCCUUGUUGGACCAUAAUAAUUAUCGUAUAUCUGGCCAUCAAAGGACAGAAGAUGUGACCUUUGAUCCAACAAAUGUUACUCGACAUCGCUGUAGUCCAAAUCUGGCAGGCAGGUCUCUGCCUGUAUCACUGUCUCUUGUUCCUCCUUCAUUACAUGUUGCUGUGUCUCUUGCCGGUAGUCGGGCAAGUUCCAUUCCAAUUAAAAGACCAAGUGACGAUGAUGAUAGCUCUAGUGGAUCCGAGAAUGGACAGAAACGGCCACAUCUCAAUGAUCAGACAAUUAGACCUCAGCUGAUCAGAGGGGAGAGCCUUCCAACAGCUGUUCUAGGUAUAUCAUACAAUCGUUUCAAAAAGGAGAACGCCUUAGUGGGGAGAAUGUAUUCCUUCGAUUCAGGCACAGCUACACAGCUAAAAACAAUUGGGGCUGUUCCUUCAUCGGGACUCACAAGUAUAGCAAAUACACCCAGUUCUUCACUGAGUUCCAUAUCGUCUCUGAGUAACCGCACAAUAUCCUCACCAGAAGGCGCUAUCCAGAACGGAAAUUAUUCCAUGGCAUCAUUGAUGUCUGUCGGCGAUUGCUUGUCUUCGGAUUCGACAAGAAGUGCCUCUUCGGGAGGAGAAAUGUCUUCUCAAGUAAAUAGACCUUCCCGCCCUUCUUCCGCCACCAGACGUUCUCCAGUAUCAGGAAAGAAAACACCAGUUAGAGGGCGCCAAAACUCUGAAAACACUACAUGCGAUACCGAAACCAGUAGCAAUAGUACCGCAACAGCUGUAACAGCCUCAACAUCAACAACUACAGCAUCUACAACACAGUCCGACUCCCAGCAAUCAGCUCCUGCGUUAAAAUGCACACUGUGCAAUGAACGCUUGGAAGAUACACAUUUUGUACAAUGCCCCUCAGUGCAAAACCAUAAAUUUUGUUUUCCCUGUUCUCGGGAGAGCAUUAAAAGUCAAAACGAAGCCAAUGGGAAUGAGGUUUAUUGUCCAAGUGGUCACAAAUGCCCUUUGGUAGGAUCUAAUGUUCCUUGGGCUUUUAUGCAAGGAGAAAUUGCAACAAUUUUGGGGAAUGAAAAUGAAAGAAAAGCAAAGAAAGAACGUGAGGCCUAAAUCCCGAGAAAUUUUUGCAUAUUAUAUUGAAAAAUGAUUGUCUCGAGACAAUCGCUGUCUACUGCUUGUCAUUUCAAAUUAUUUAUGUUUCUAUUAUUGUAAUAAAGAAGUUAGCAAAUCAUGGAAAAGUAAGUAUAUAAAACUUGGGUGGUCUUUCAAAAAUAUAUGUGCUUACGAAAUUCAUUUUCUUCUGUUAAAAUUUGUUGUUAUUGCGACUUUUUCCGAAGAGAUAUUUAUAACUUAGGUUUUCUAUGUAUGUUUAUAAAUUUACUGAGCUGCAAUGUAUAAAGAGGAAAGACAUUUAGUUAAAAAUAUAUAUUUAUUCACUAAAUUUUUUCUUGCGUCCAAAGCUUGUAACCUGCCCAUGAUUAUCUGUGUCUAUAGGAUUGUUUCAACUUUGAAGUUUAUCCAGAGUCGAGAGCCCACACGUUUUACUUCUUCUACCUUAUUUUACAUGUUUUGCUUUUCUAAAUUGUUUUGUAACAUAAAUAUUUGUUGUUGGUUUUUAUAUUUGACUAGUCAUGUUGUUACUAUUUACUGUGUAAUAUAUUUGUCAAGCGUUGAGAGCUAAAAUAAAUGAGAGAAAUUAGA